AUGGAAGUGGAUGAUAAUUCGGAUACAACUGGAUGGUUUGAUAUGCCCUUUGAAAUGCGAAAAAUUAUCAUAAAUUAUAUGGAUCUUGCAACAAAAAUCCAAUUUUCACAAUGUUCGAAAUUAUGUUUUGAAGAAGUCCAAUUACCUGAUUCGCGUUACUUUUCUGUCAGUAUAUCAAAUAGUCCAUGCAGUGAACUAGAAGGCGUUUUUUUCGAAGUGUUGAGUGAUCAUAUCUGGAUUAGUGAUUCAGAAGACGAAGACGGAGACGGAGACGGAGUCGUAGACGACGAAGACAAAGACGAAGACGAAUCGGAUGUUGAUCGAGAGAUCGAAUGGAUGAGAUUGAGGCCAACGUUUCUAGUUUGUGAUAAUCCCAAUAUAUCUGAAGAAGAAUUGAUGGAAUUACGCUCAGAAUAUGACUUUGAAUUGAUUGAAGUUGAAACAAGAGAAAAAGUUACUGACUAUGUAAUGUAUCUUUUGCGAGGUUUAUUGAAAUUUUUGAAGAAUUGCUUCAGAAGCUUGACAAUCAGUAUUGUAAGUCAUUUUGAAUAUGUACAAGAAAAACUACGCGUAAUUCCAGUGGGUCCUUGUUAUAUUCUUUAUUUUCAGCCUGAUUUUCCGUACAACAAGAUGAAAAUUGAAAGAAAUUUGAAAUAUUUGGAAUCAAUUGAUCUCUCUCCGAAUGAUAAAGUUGAUCCGAUUAGUUGUGGAUUUAUCGAUUUUGAACAUCUUUGCUCUUUGAGAAAAAUAGUUGAAAUUCCAAAUCUAACAUUCGAUCAAAUAUUUCAACUAAAAGCAGGAUUUAUUUCUGUUGGUUAUGAUGGAAGUGAAAAAUUUGAUAUUAUACAAUUUGUGAAUCGUUUGUUUACUGAUGGAAUUGAUCGAAAUGUUCAACAAAUCACGUUUGAAGCAAAACAGGAUUUGAAUUCCUUUCCGGAAAUUCACGCGAUUCCGGGAAUUUAUGCAACACGAUCCACGUAAGUUAUUAUUUUCUUAAUUUCAUAUUCAAGUUGUAUAAAAAACUUUGCAGACCGUGGAGUGAUGUCGAAUAUUUGUUCAAACGAGGGAACAAAAUGUUUAGCCUGGCUGAUGCAAGACAAAAUUCAUCAGUUACUAUAUACUUUCACAAUUCAAUUGACUCCGAACAUAUCAAAUGGAUUCGUUUGUAA